AUGAGACUUCGAUCCACUUAUACGACCCGGAAACAAUCGAUCAAUCAAGCGAAUAUCGGGCAAAAGAAAGUAUUUAUAAUCAUUUUCAGUGCAGUUGCUGCUGUUACUACCGUAACCUCAGCUAAGUAUUUGAAGAGUGACAGAUCGGAACAUUUGCCUGAAAUAACAAAAAUUGCCAACGAUCGAGAUGCUACCGUUGCUGAUCAUAAAAUUGGCAAUAAUUUUAAUGUACAACGCAAGCGAGAUGUGAAACAUUUGAAUAUUACUUAUUUGCCGCCACAAACAGCAGAUAUCCUUCCAUCGUCCUUCAUCGACGCAAAGGAGAUUAGGCCACCAUUUGACGAUAUGACGAAACAAUUUGGAAAGCUUUCACAUUCCGAUUUAACAACAGAAGUGCCCGCCGCUAGCGAACAGAAAACGGAAAUAUUAUUGAAAUCCGACGAAACUUUCUUUGCUGACAUUUUCCAGAAUACCGCUGUCUUAGCUGACGAUGGCUAUCAUUACAAAAAGCCUUCAGAAACGAAACAAAAAUUAUCUCUCGAAAAGAAUACGAAUGCUGAAGUUGCACAUUUGCCUGCCGCUAGUGAAGUUAAUGUCGAUGCACGUGAAAUCGAGAAAGAUUCAAGCGUAACGGAUAACCAUUCCUUAAGCAGUCGCCUAUAAGUGAAAACAAUUCAAA